UGUCUCUGUCCACAGAUGGCCUCAGCAACAGCGACGUACGGGCAGAAGGAGUCUUCGGACCAAAACUUUGACUAUAUGUAGAUCCUCAUCAUUGGCAACAGCAGUGUGGGCAAAACCUCCUUCUUGUUCCGCUACGCCGACGACUCCUUCACACCGGCCUUUGUCAGUACGGUGGGCAUCGACUUCAAGGUGAAAACCAUCUACAGGAAUGACAAGAGGAUCAAAUUACAGAUCUGGGACACGGCGGGUCAGGAGCGUUACCGCACCAUCACCACUGCCUACUAUCGAGGAGCCAUGGGCUUCAUCCUCAUGUAUGACAUCACUAACGAGGAGUCCUUUAACGCCGUCCAGGACUGGUCGACUCAGAUUAAGACGUACUCGUGGGACAAUGCCCAGGUGCUGCUGGUAGGGAACAAGUGCGACAUGGAGGACGAGCGAGUGGUGGGCGGAGAUAGAGGUCGACAGCUGUCUGAUCACCUCGGUUUUGAGUUCUUCGAGGCCAGCGCCAAGGACAACAUCAAUGUGAAGCAGACCUUUGAGCGCCUGGUCGACAUCAUCUGUGAAAAGAUGUCCGAGAGCCUGGAUGCCGGAGAUCCCGCCGUCACAGGGGCCAAACAGGGACCCCAGCUGACAGAGCAGCCUGCUCCUCCUCACCAGGACUGUGCAUGUUAAAGCUGACUACUUCCCCUAAACCCUUUUCCUCCCACUUUCCUCCUUGUCCUCCUUCAGCUGGACCCUGGGACCUCGGGUCAAAUACUCCCAACACCCCUUUCACUCACUUUCCUGCUUCUUUCUGUAACCUAGUAAGGAUCAUUGGCUGAGGGGCACAAGAACCUGGUUAAAAAGUGUCUGAAAUGCUCUGAGCUGCUGGUGGACCAUUGCUAGAGGCAUGGUUGCUCCUCUUAAAAGA